AUGGCCGGCAGCGACGAGGUCAACCGCAACGAGUGCAAGACGGUGGUGCCGCUCCACACAUGGGUGCUCAUCUCCAACUUCAAGGUGUCGUACCACAUGCUGCGCCGCCCCGACGGCACCUUCGAGCGCGACCUCGCCGAGUACAUGGACCGCCGGGUGCCCGCCAACCCCAGGCCGGUGGAGGGCGUCUCCUCCUUCGACCACGUCAUCGACCACUCCGUCGGCCUCGAGGCGCGCAUCUACCGCGCCGUCGCCGGCAACGCCGCCGCGGCCGCCGAGGGCGCCGCCGCGCUCACCCUGCCCAUCCUCGAGUUCCUCGGCGGGGCGACGUCCCCGGAGCCGCUCCCGGUGAUCAUCUUCUUCCACGGCGGCAGCUUCGCGCACUCGGCGUCCAGCACCACCAUCUACGACAACCUCUGCCGCCAGUUCGUGAAGCUGAGCAAGGGCGUGGUGGUGUCCGUCAACUACCGGCGCGCCCCGGAGCACCGGUACCCGUGCGCGUACGACGACGGGUGGGCCGCGCUCAAGUGGGCGCAGGCCCAGCCGUUCCUGCGGAGCGGGAGCGACGCGCGGCUCCGGGUGUUCCUCGCCGGCGACAGCUCCGGCGGCAACAUCGCGCACCACGUGGCCGUGCGCGCCGCGGAGGAGGGGAUCAAGAUACACGGCAACAUCCUGCUCAACGCCAUGUUCGGCGGCGUGGAGCGCACCGAGUCGGAGCGGCGCCUCGACGGCAAGUACUUCGUCACGCUCCAGGACAGGGACUGGUACUGGAAGGCGUACCUGCCGGAGGACGCGGACCGGGACCACCCGGCGUGCAACCCGUUCGGGCCGAACGGGCGGCGGCUCAGGGGCCUGCCGUUCGCCAAGAGCCUCAUCAUCGUGUCCGGGCUGGACCUCACCUGCGACCGGCAGCUGGGCUACGCGGAGGGCCUCCGGGAGGACGGGCACGACGUGAAGCUGGUGCACCGCGAGAAGGCCACCAUCGGCUUCUACCUGCUGUCCAACACGAACCACUACCACGAGGUGAUGGAGGAGAUCGCCGAGUUCGUCCGAGCUAACCUCCUGUAG